GGCAUCACCCAGGGAAUCCAUUGUGUGUCAGUUGCAAAUCGGAGAUCGUCCUGUUUGUGUGUGUGUGUUUGUUUGUCUGUCUGUCAGUUUUUCCCGUGAAUGUUUUUGGCUCCCGUUUUUGAAUCUCGUUGGAUCCUUGAAGAAGAAUCACAAUUACCCAUUUUCCACGUAGUGCUAGACGGAUUACUUAAUCAAAACUGCCCCUUCUUUUCGAAAUUGAAUGAGAAGAAUAUUAGCCCGAAGCCUCCCCUUGUUUGCACCUUAUUAACACUGGUCUCUAUAGUUUAGAGAAAGGAGAAGAAAAUUUGGCCGCCAUGCUGGACUAGCCGGACGAGGAGGGGAGGAUACCCAGACGUUUGUCUACAAAAAUAAAAUCCCAUCCGGGUGCGCUGUCGGUGGGACUUUUGUCAACACGCUGAACAAUUGUUUGACAUCCAUUCAAUAAAAAAGAGUAAGGAAGAGCGAACAGAAAUGGAUCACCGAGUCAACACGAUGCCCACUCACAGGAAAGUGGCCUUUGCCCGGCUGCUGAACCGCAAUCGUUUCUCCAAUGACGAGCUGGAGACGCUCUACGGACGAUACAGUUGCCGAUUGCAGACGGCCUCGGUCGUCAGCUGCACCAUCCUUUUGCUCGUCAUGGGCGCCGUCCUUUCGUGUCUCCACUUUUGGUAUUCAAGAGGCAGCCCAACCGUCCAGGGAGUCUACCUUUUGCUGCAAACGGCCGCCUGCGCCGCUCUGCUCGCCUUCCUCAUCAUCAGGCGCAGCCAGGAUUCUCACCUUUUGUGGCUCGCCUACGCUCUGCUGGCCCUCUGCACCGCGCUCUGCAUCGCCAGUUUGCCCAUUCCCAUGACGAGCUGGGCUGGAACGGCCCCUAAAGAUGUGACUGCUACUUCCAGCUAUUCGCCUUCCAUUGGACUCGUGAAAAACGUCGAUCAGCUGCCCAGCAAAGCCUUGGGCAAGGACGUCAAUAUGGUGGUGACACGUCCGCCUCGAGGAGGGAAAGGCAAAUCGAAUAAGCGUCUCAAUAAUUUGACGGAUGCGAUUCAACCGCCUCCGCCGAUGCCGACGGUUGCGGCCGCCGAAGGAUUGUGGCCGAUUGUGUUUGCUACGUUCGUAGCCUACGCUCUUCUUCCAUUGCCCACCUGGCUGGCCACGUUAUUUGGCGCCGUAAUGGGCACGAUGCAUUUAGCCGUUGUUGUCCUGUUGCCAACAGCAUUGCCGUGGCUGGCCUGGCAGCAAGUGCUGGGCAAUUGCUUGGUACUCCUGGCCGUCAACGUCGUCGGCCUCUUUCUGCACAUGGUCAUGGAAAACGCCCAGCGCAAAGCCUUCCUGGACACCCGCAAUUGCAUCGCUGCCCGUCUGGAGAUCGAGGACGAAAAUGAGAAGCUGGAGCGACUCCUCUUGUCCGUCCUACCGCAACAUGUCGCCGUCGAAAUGAAAGCCGACCUUAUGGCCCCUGUCGAGGGCCAGUUUCACAAGAUCUACAUCCAGCGUCACGAGAACGUCAGCAUUCUGUUCGCCGAUAUCGUCGGCUUCACCGUUUUGGCGUCGCAAUGCACCGCUCAAGAGCUGGUCCGGCUGUUGAACGAGCUUUUCGGCCGUUUUGACCAGCUGGCCAGCGAUAAUCAUUGUUUAAGAAUCAAAAUCUUGGGUGAUUGUUACUAUUGCGUGUCUGGACUGCCGGACCCGCGAUCUGAUCAUGCUCACUGUUGCGUAGAAAUGGGUUUAGACGUGAUUGACGCCAUUGCUUCCGUUGUUGAGGCGACAGACGUCCGUCUCAAUAUGCGAGUCGGCAUUCACACGGGCCGAGUCCUUUGCGGAGUUCUCGGUUUACGUAAAUGGCAAUACGACGUCUGGUCGAAUGACGUGACGUUAGCCAACGCCAUGGAAGCCGGAGGUGAACCGGGGCGGGUCCACAUAACCGAGUCUACAUUGGCUUGUUUACACGGCGAGUAUCAAGUGGAGCCGGGCAAUGGCGGCAGCCGCAAUCAGUACCUACGUGACCACAACGUCCACACUUACUUUAUUAUACCACCGGCGCGUCGUCGGAAGCCGCUCUUGUUUAACACGCUGCAGGUGAGGAGCGCCAUCGGGCAGGCGGGCGGAGCCGGAAGUUCCGGAGGGAACCAGCGUCGCAAGUUGUCGUUCCGCAACGUUUCCAACGUGGUCGUCCAGCUGCUCCACUCGAUCAAGUACUCUGUGGAAGUGCCGUUUUCCAACAUUGCCGCCGCUCCGUCCGUCCAUUCUGUCAACGCGCAACAUCAACAAAACCCGGCCAAUUGUCACAAUUCCGGUCCUAGCAUGGCUGGCCAUAAAAAGAACAAGGUGACGGACAAGUCGAAACGGCCACUAAAAAAGCGCCAUGCCAGUUUCCAUCAACAUCAACCGACCAAUAGAGUCAACAAAUUCUUAGCCCAGGCGAUCGAGGCACGUUCGAUGGGACAAGAGAAAUCCAAUCAUGUCCACGCGCUAACCCUCUGCUUCCGUGACUCGCUCAAAGAGGAACAAUAUCAACGGGACGCGGACAGCAGCUUUGGGAGUUCGCUGGCCUGCAGUCUGGUCCUCCUGGUAUUUUUGGGCGGCGUCCAGCUGGCCGUUUUGCCGCGGACGCUCAUUCUCCUGCUCCUCUUCCUCACGGCCUUUGUCUGGACGGCCGUCUUGCUCAUGAUGCUCUUGGCCGCCCGGCUCCGAUGGCUUCGAUGGGAUGUGACUCACGCGUUCGCCUUCCGGCUGGCCAUCACCGUCUUUACCAUCGUCCUCCUCUGUGCCGUCGCUCAAGUCAACGUGUUCACUUGCCGUCCCGAAAACACGUGCGUUCCCAUCGUGUCGUCCAAUGUCACGCCGUCUGCCGCAGGCUCAGUCGUCGUAGACCAUCGAAGUUGCCCGCUACCGCACUACAUCGUCCUGUCCGGCGUUCUCGGCUUUUUGGGCGUCGCCAUUUUCCUGCGAUUGCCCGCCGUCGUCAAAGGCGUCGUAUUGAUUUUGGUGACGACCGUCUACCUGCUCCUCUUCCACCUGACUCACAGGCCCAUCCUCGAUUGCUACGACGCCCGCACGGGGACUCUGAUACCGCUGCGCGCCAUGGGCUCGCUCCAGCUCCUCCUCUUCCUUCUCGGCGUCAUCCUCCACGGACGCCAAGUCGAAUGGACGGCCCGUCUCGACUUCCUUUGGCAGAGCCAGGCCAAGGAGGAGAAACAGGAGAUGGACGCUCUCCAGCACAGCAACCGGCGCAUCCUGUUCAACUUACUGCCGUCGCACGUGGCCCAGCACUUUCUGGGUCAGGACGGGCACAACACGAGGAGCAAUCUGGAGCUGUACCAUCAGAGCUAUUCCCGUGUUGGCGUCCUCUUCGCUUCCAUCACCAACUUCCACGAGUUCUACAUCGAGCUGGACGGCAACAACCAGGGCGUCGAGUGUCUGCGGCUCCUCAACGAGAUUAUCGCCGAUUUUGACGAGCUGCUCGGCGAGGAGCGAUUCCGCUCUGUUGACAAAAUCAAGACGGUCGGCUCCACUUAUAUGGCAGCGGUCGGGCUCAUGCCCGAUAUGCGGAUCGGCCAGGCCGAAACGGACGCCAACGUCACGGCCUCUUUCUACUUGGCGACGCUCGUCGAGUUUGUUUUCGCCAUGAAGGAGAAACUCCUCUGCAUCAAUGAGAAUUCAUACAACAAUUUCACGCUCAGAGUCGGAAUGAACAUCGGCCCGGUUGUCGCUGGCGUCAUUGGGGCCCGUAAGCCGCAGUACGACAUUUGGGGCAACACUGUCAACGUUGCCAGCCGGAUGGAUUCUACCGGAUUGCCCAAUCACACCCAGGUAACGGAAGAGGUGUAUCAGGUGUUGAGACAUCAGCCCUAUGAAUUCCAAUGCCGUGGGCGUGUCAAAGUGAAAGGCAAAGGUGAAAUGACGACCUACUUCCUGACGGAUCGUAAACAGCCAGCAACUGUCCGCGUCGAUGAUAUUGCGCUGAUGAUGAUGAAACAACCCAAUCAUCACAAUUCGAAUUUGAUGGCCUCGAUGUACGGUGGAGUCAUAACGCCGCUGGCGUUAGUCCACCAGCAAAUUCGGCAGCAAAAUCAUCAGCAACAAAUGGCUGGCCCUUUAGUACAGCUGAGGCCGGUUGGCAGGAGUAACAGCGGCAGUGGCGGCAGUGUGAGUCGAGAAAGACGCAGCCCAAUGCACGACCCUGGACACCCUAGAUUUCAUCCUCUAUCAGAAGAAAUGAUAGCGCCACCAUUGAUUCCUCCUCCUCCACCGACAUCGGUCUAUCACCAAGUUCCUCGUUUCUCCAAAAGCCCAUACCUUCAACAGUUGCAGCAUCAACAACAACAACAAUCAGUCAUUCCUAAUAUCCAGCCCAAUCCACCAGUCCCUCGGCAUGGUAGCACUCCCCCCCGGAGCAACGGUCGCAUCCAUCACCACCAGCAGCAGCAACAACAAGUACCCACGUUGUUGCAUCAGCAACAACAACAACAAAUGCAGAAUCUCAGUCCGAUACGCAGCUGCUCGGAGACGGAAAGCGGGUCGCCCUUGGGCGUUGGAUUAUCCGUCAGGACAGUGGCGGCCGGACCGACCCAAUUGCAAAAAUCACCAAGCGCUCCACCUCUCAAGAGGCAACACAAUAGUGGCCAUCAUUCCGGAAUUCCGGGCCGUCCAGCAUUUGAAUUUCCGGCGCCACCACCUCCUCCUCCGCACGGCACGUCUUCAGCAGCCAGUAGUCGGAACAUGGGCCGCAAUAUGCGCCACCGAUCGGACGAAAGCCUGUCUGGCAUCGGUUCUUCCAUGCGGGGAGAAGUUUACUCCACGCGGAUACAUUCUUCGGCUGAUGACGUCAGUUCGGCUAAUAGGAGCGAACGUAGUGAAAGUGAGACGGAAGACAGCUCGUCGGACGAGAGCUACACUAAAACGGAAGCGGAGGCAGACCCGGACAGUCCCGGUACAUCUCCUAAUUUCCGAAUUCCUUCGCUUCUGCCACUCAGCCUUGACAUUGAAAAAGCAUGGUCCCGCAUGAACGCGGAAUUCACGGCAAACGGCCAUCGACCUGAAGCUGUUCCAUCUCUCCCUACUCCAGCACGUCCAGUAGCUACGGCCGCUGCACCGGCGGCAGAGUCGAUUGAAUUGAAAGAUUUGCAUUUAUUGAAAGUACCGACGGCCAAGUUGACGACUGCCGGAAGUAGCAAUCGUUCCAUGAAAUCGGGUACUACGGGCGCUGAUUCUGAUCUAAUGGCGGAAUCAUGCGUAGCAGAAUCGUGUGCAAGUUUUGAAUUUGUUGACGACGACGAGCCGGAAGUCGAAGAUGAUGACGAAGAGGAAGGCGAAACGACCGAACAAGAACAGCAACGCUCUCAACCGCCUUCACCACCCAAAUUGCUCGUCAUUAGCUCCGACGGCACGAAAUCCAGCUCAGCUGUUUGCAGUCCCAGUAGCACAUCAGAAAUCGGGAGCGUCUUUGGUUUACGCUUCGAUCCUCAAGAAAACAAAAUGACGCUUCAACUAACGCCAGCUGCGGGCGAAACAGUUCGCUCCCCUCAAGGCCUUUCAGAGUUGCCCGAAUCAUCCAAACUGCAGACGAGCAGAUUUCCUUUGGAUUUAAGUAGUCCAACACGGUCAGAAGGUCUCUUCCCUAGUCUUAAAAGCCAGGCCAAGAAAAGUGAAUACGAAAAUGCGACGGACGACGAGCGCAAACGGGAAGAGGUGGCCGUUGACGUGCAGAGGGAACAGGAACAAGUGCGCCAAAUACUGGCCAGCGCUGCCGCUCUCCAGGCUGAAACUAGCCAGUCGGAAUGGAGUGAAGAUGACGAUGAUCUUUCCGAUGAUGACAGCAACGAAGACGGGCAAGAUCAAGAUUGUCCUCAAGGUCCUUUGCUCGGAUCCAACCAUCAAAAUUCGUUAGGUAGCGGCAGAAAACUGUGCCACAACCGCCGGCGCAAGUUCCAUUUUGGAUUGGCCAGCGAUGUCGAAUCGACGGGUUACACGACAGAUGACGCUGGCCUGGAAAACCUCUCUGUCUUUAAUGACGCCGGUCUCACGGAUGCCGAAGGAGCCCUUAGCGACAUUAAUUCACUUUUGAACGAUGGCAUCCCUGUUGGUGAUUUCGAUAUGGCUGAUGACACCAGCUUAAGUUCGCGUGCUUCCUCCCGAUUCUUUGAUUCGGAACCUAUUCUUAAUUUAGAAACGUACACGAAUCCAUCCGCUUCCGGGGUCGGCUCAAAUAAAAUGGCCAACAGCAUGUUGUACGAUUCCGAGUACGAUAAUUACGGUCCUAGUUCGCUGGCCUCGGACGAUCUGUACGACGACCAGUCGUUGGACGCUGGAGCCAGCAAACAACUGAUCGGCGGCGAAGACAAGAUUCGCCGCGUUUCUCAGCACAUAACUCGCAGCUUCGGGCAGCCCAGUCAGCGUAAUCUCAGCACUAGUAGCGACAGCGAAGACGCCUAAGUUGUAAAACUUAAAAGCCAGGUGAACACCAGCUGUUCUUGUUAAUUAUUCUCUUUCUAAUUUAACAAAACAAAAGAAAAACUCGGGAGUUUUUCUUUUCAUUUAACGAUCAUUUGUCUAUUUCUCUCAAUUUUUUCGAUUGUGUUGAUGUUUAAUUAUUCGAAUCUCCGCAGCUUUCCAGAGUUUGUAAAGUAAUCGCUACACUACCCUAGGCAUUUAUUAUUAUUGCACAUUUUUUUUCUCUCCGUCAGAAUUUUGAUUACGAUCGUCCGUUACAAUUCUCUUUUAUUUUUUUUUUUUCGAAUUUACUGUGAUUUAAGUUGAUACCCUCUUCAGUCUUUCCUUGGGGGAAGAAUAACAAACUAUCUCUGUCUCUUAAUUAUAAUGGUAUUUUUGCAUAUACUCUUUCACGCGAAUCGCCUCUGCAUGGCUCUUCCUAGUUUGCAUUUUGCUCUCGCUCAUAUCGCUCUUUCGUCGGUGGCUUUUUUGACGGAUAGUUUCCUUUUUUUUUUUUUUUUUUUUUUUUUUUUUUUUUUACAAAAGACUUGCUGAUGUAGAUUAUUUUUUCUUGAGCGUAGUAUUCAGCUUGUUACAUUUACGGUCAGCGGAAAGAAAAAAGAGGUGUGCCUUUAUCCUUAACUAUGGAUGUCGCGGAUUAGCUAAUGCGAUCCGUUUCGUUGUUUCGAUUGCUGUUACGAAUCCUGUUACUGUUUUUUUUCUACCUAAAAUGUCAUUAUGUACUUAACUAGGUAUGUUAUCGAGAAACCAUACGUAAGUAAGAGAAAAAAAAAUCAUGCCAGCAUGAUGGUUUCAAAGAAGCUAGACUAAAGCUGUUACAUUUCAGAUCGUCAAAAA